CGAUUGAUGCGCUAGGUUGAGUCUGUUCGAUGGUGAGAUGUUGGUGCUACGGUGACCCCCAGCCAAAGUUAGGAGCUGCACCCCGCAUAAGAUCCAACUAACUGCAAUUGACAUUGUACGGGACCGAGCUGAAUCAAAACUCAUGUCCACCUCACAAUCACAGUCUUCGCGAUAUAUAUCUCCUUCCAAUUUUGGCGCUGACAGAGAGUGGCUGAGCAAAUGGAAGGGGAGGCAUGUUUUCGAACUAGAUCGUUUCAGCUAGUACGAGGUACACAUACGGUUGCCUGAUUCUGUGUCUUACCUCUUCAUGCACUCCUUGUUGAACAUUCAACUUACACCAUUGACAUGGCACUCCUAUCUAUAGCCAAUCUCCAGGUCAUCGCGCUUUCUUGCAUCGGCGCUCUCAUCGCUUAUCGCGUCUAUUGGGAAGCCACUACGGGCGCCGCACGGCGAUCCCUGGCAAGACAGCAUGGCUGUCUUCCCCCAAGACUCUUUCGCUCCAAAUAUUGGUUGUUCGGACUGGACGUCUUUCUCGCCAACAUCAAAGCCUACCGCGAGCACAGGCUACUCGAACGGUGGACCAACACGCUCACAUCCCAUAAUGCCCACACCCUCAUUGCAAAGGUCUUCGGCCAGACAGUCCUCUGGACGGAUGACCCGGAAAACGUGAAGACAAUGCUGGCCACGAACUUCGACCAGUGGAGCCUUGGCCAGGAGCGCAUCCAGCAGAUGAAGGCAUACCUCGGACACGGCAUCUUCACCAGCGAGGGCGCGUCGUGGAAGCACUCCAGAGAUAUGCUGCGGCCAUGCUUCGAGCGCUCGCAGGUUGCAGACAUUUCGAUUCUGGAGAAGCACACAGCGCGGCUUCUGCAGAAUGUUCCGAAGGAUGGCGCGACCGUAGACUUACAGCCGUUGUUGCAUGAGCUUACGCUUGAUGUCGCGACGGAGUUCUUGUUUGGGAGGAGCACUGAUGCGCAGGAUCAUGGGAGGGAAGACAAUGCUUGUAAAGAGUUUAUCGACGCCUUUGAGUACUGUGAGAACCCGAUGACUGAGAGAAACGAAAGAUUGGGGUUUUUGGCAUUCUUCUUGCCGGAUCGGAAGUUCAAAAAAUGUGCGAAGGCUAUUAGAGAUUUUACAGAUAGGAUCAUAGACGAAGAAAUCACAAUCCUAUCGCAAAAUACCAAGGAUGCAGACAGAGCGUCAACUGGUCGCUAUGUAUUUCUCGACGAACUCCUGUCUGCAACGCAAAACCGCACAGUCAUCCGCUCUGAGCUCCUCAACAUCCUUCUAGCAGGGCGCGACACCACCGCCUCGCUCCUCUCCAACCUCAUCUGGGAGCUCUCUCGCCAGCCGGCCAUGCUGUCCCGACUUCGCCAGGAGAUCGAAGACUCUAUCGGCAACGAUAUCCCCACCUACCAGCAACUAAAAGACAUGAAAUACCUCAAAGCGCUCAUCAACGAAAGCCAGCGAAUGUAUCCCAUCGUACCCAGCAACUCCCGGCAAGCACUUCACGACGCAAUACUGCCCCGAGGCGGCGGGCCAGACGGCCAGUCCCCCACCAUUGUUCCCAAAGGCGCAUACGUGGCGUACCUUCCCUGGGCUAUGCAUCGGCGGCGAGACGUCUACGGUGACGACGCUGAAGUUUUCGAUCCCACUCGCUGGCUGGACGAGGGACAUGCUUCGAGUCCGUUGAGGCCUGGUUGGGCGUAUUUGCCGUUCAGCGGCGGGCCGAGAAUAUGUAUUGGGCAGAACUUUGCGCUUACGGAAUGCAUGUUUGUCAUUGUGAGGCUGUUGCAGGUAUUCGAUGUUGAACAGAGAGAUGAGGAGCCUUGGAGGGAGAAGUUAGGGAUCACCUGUGUUGGGCUUGGUGGGUGUAAGGUGGGUUUGAGACCGAGGGGUUGAAGGCUUCGAGAGCCUAUACGGAACGUACUCUUCUGUUACUCUGGUUAGAUAUGGAGUUCGCAAAUGCUGUCUCGAUCCUGUUAUUGUGCCGUAUGUAUUCGACAUUGAAGUUCUGACACAUACGACCAUAGGACACUGGGAACUAGGCUUCCUGUCCUCACUCCCAGCUGCACAAGCGUUUUCUUCAUCGCCGCCCUGCUGAAACAUCGCACGCCUGGUUUGUAGAUACGGAAUGAAUG